AAGCAGCGCCAUUGGCAGACUGAGACUCCACAUGUUGCACUACUUGGACGAUCGAGACUCUCAUUGGUUGAUGCUCGAUUGAUUCUAGCGGACGAAGAGGGGGUGACGACACAAGAAGAGAGUCACUUGUUGCAGCAAAGAUUUUUCUUGCUGAAUCCUGAGAUGGGUCAUGCUGUGGCAAGGGCUGUCGGUACAGACAUACGCAAUGGCGAAAGACAGAAUCGGAUCCGCACAGCGAAACAGCGAGCAAGGCGCCAACUGUCCUUAGUCAGAUUACUUAUUUCUGAUGCUGUGUACAUAUUGGGCUAUCGUGUCCUCCAGAUUUUGAUAUCUCAUCCCCAAAACCUCCUUACUCAGAGAAUUGUUUCCAGUAUAAUAUCCGCCGGUGGGCCAUCCCUCAGAGGUGACAUUCCCAGCAAGCGUGGUCGGGACGUUUUGGGCGAGCUCCGGAUAGCGCGUCCUGAGGACAUAUAUGGACUCAGCGGCAGCAUGGCUUCUCAGGCGCCUGCACUUACGAUAGCGAGUACGUGGGCCAACCCCACAUCAUACACGUUGCAGAAUAUCGUCAGACCUG